AUGCUGGCGAUCGUUACUCUUAUAGCCCUGCUAAGUUUCGCAGAGGCCAGCCAAAAGACACCGCGGACCGCUAUACCUUCAAGUCUAAGCUCGUCUUCAACUGCGACUGCGACAACUUUGGCGACGAUACCGUCAGUUGCGACAACGGUAUCGAAUUGCGUAGCGUCGGCGCAGCUUAAUAUGUCAAGCCCUACUCGGCGCCUAACAGGCGCUUCUGUUGCUUUGGGGACCCGAUGUACUUCUUUGCCACUCGAUAUUCCUACAUCUACGACAUCCACAUUCGUACCAACGGGGACCGCAAGCGAUCCCGAGAUCACGCCCUCACCCGAGUUACCUCUAGAAGGAGUUAAUUUCCACACGAUAGAUAUCAAAUACGUGCAGACUACGUACUGGAGCUGUGUAACAUUUCCUCUGGAAACGCACUGCGGCUGGCAUGAACCUAUACUGGACGCUGGUGCGGCGGGGAUGCGAUACGAAGACAGCGGAAAGGUAGCCCUAAGGGCCGGUGUCGUGGCCGGCAUUGUUGCUGGCGGAUUGGCGCUCGGGAUUUGA